GGAGGGAAAGCAGCUGCAAUCCUCUCGGCUCCCCUUCCCCUGCCUCAGCGCGGCUCUGCCGCUGCCUGGCUCCUGCCGGGCUGGUGGAAGGGGCUGGCUGAAGGGUGACCAUCAGGCUGAGUGUCUCUGGCUAGCAUCCAUGCAGGCUGGCUUAGUGCUGUGAUUCAUAGGUUCUCCCAUGUGUGAGGACACUGGAUCUUCACUUAUGAAAACCCUUCUACAGUUUCAGAAGGGGAGCACGUUGAUGAGGUAAGGAGACGACAUGGUCUUCUGUCGAUGUAGAAAGAUAGCACAGAUGAUUGUCUGAAAAAGCUGUACUACACAGCGCAAGCAUGGCUUUCGCCCAGUCGCAUAUUAUGGCCGCUAGAAGGCAUCAACACAGUAGACUCAUAAUAGAAGUGGAUGAGUACAGCUCAAACCCCACACAGGCGUUCACGUUCUACAACAUUAACCAGGGACGCUUUCAGCCCCCACAUGUGCAAAUGGUGGAUCCUGUGCCCCAUGAUGCCCCCAAACCUCCAGGAUAUACCCGAUUUGUCUGUAUUUCUGACACUCAUUCAAGAACUGAUCCAGUCCAAAUGCCCUAUGGAGAUGUUUUAAUACAUGCUGGUGACUUCACUGAACUGGGACUUCCUAGUGAAGUUAAAAAAUUCAAUGAAUGGUUAGGUAGCCUGCCAUAUGAAUACAAGAUUGUGAUAGCAGGAAAUCAUGAAUUGACCUUUGACCAAGAGUUCAUGGCAGACUUAAUCAAGCAGGACUUUUACUAUUUUCCUUCUGUGUCUAAGCUGAAACCAGAGAGCUAUGAAAAUGUGCAGUCUCUUCUAACAAAUUGCAUCUAUCUUCAAGACUCUGAAGUGACGGUGAGGGGGUUCAGAAUAUAUGGCUCUCCUUGGCAACCUUGGUUUUAUGGCUGGGGCUUUAAUCUUCCACGAGGCCAAGCACUAUUAGAGAAAUGGAACCUUAUUCCAGAUGGAGUAGAUAUUCUUAUAACACAUGGACCACCUCUUGGUUUUCUAGACUGGGUUCCUAAGAAAAUGCAGAGGGUAGGAUGUGUUGAGCUGCUGAACACAGUCCAGAGACGAAUACAGCCACGACUUCAUGUUUUCGGACAUAUCCAUGAAGGCUAUGGGGUAAUGGCUGAUGGAACUACUACCUAUGUGAAUGCAUCAGUGUGCACCGUGAAUUACCAGCCUCUCAAUCCACCUAUAGUUAUUGACUUACCUACUCCAAGGAACACAUGAUUGUUAUAGGAAUUUAAUGAUGUACCCAUCACACAAGCAAGUUUCUAUUGCUGGCUAAGAAACAUGAUAAAGAACUGUUCAAUGAAGAAGCAAAGACCCUUUAUUUUUUUUUCUUUUAAUUCUUCACAACCAAAUUUGAGUGAUGAAAAUAAAUGGGAAGCAAAGACAUUUUAGUGCCAGUAUCUGCCAGAAGCCGAUUAAAGACUUUAAAAUUUCAGCAUUAAAAUACUUGUGAAUACACAAAAGUGAAUGCAUUCCACGUAUAUCUCGAGUAGGGAAUUGGUUGGGUUUUUUUAUCUCUACCAUAUAUUGAACUUAUUAAAAGUCUUUUCAAAGGCUUGUGUCUUAAAGAAUGUUUAUAGUUUAAACGUGAAUGUUUAGACUAGGAUGUAACCAUUUAAAACAUUUUCCAAUGAGUAUUUGGUAAAAUCAAAUCAUGUUGAUAUUUUUGCUGAAUAAUAUGGCAAAUAUGAAAAUAGUAUACACAAGUACUGUAUUGAACCAGUUAAAAGAAGACAGUUAUUAUUGCAAAUCCUUCUGAAGUCUGUGCCCUUGCAUGCUUUCAAAGCCAGUGCAGGAGAAGGUCCUAAUCGCUGUUCUGUAAUGCAGUUGCAACACAUCUGGCAUUACAGAUGGAAGGGGAAACGGUGCAUACUGCCAGUGUGUGGUAAACAGCUGAAUGUUCUAGAAGGGAGAUGGUAUUAAAUGAGUACAAACUCAGGCAUUUGUAAGCUCUGAAAAAUGUCAUUUCCCUUUUUUUCUUUAAAAAGUUCCGUGAGGUUUAAUAUGAGAGCUGAUCUGUGAUUGGAUUUAAAAUAAAAUAGGAAAGCUGUGCUGUUGAGUAGUGGUUUUAAAAGGUAGCCUAGCGGGACUAUCUGGUUUAAAGAACUGGUAAAGGGAUGGGCAGCCUAUCAUAAGGCCACUGCUUUGAAUCUGGCCCAGGUUGGGAAUGAUUAAAAGUCUGAGCUAAUUCAUCCCUGGGUUAAUAACACCCCUGACUUUGAUGGAGUUACCCCAAGGAUGAGUUUGGCUCUUUACCUUCUAAUAGCUGUUCAGCAGCAUGGGUGAAAUGAGUGGCGAGCUUAUGGCAGUUCCUCCAACACAGGUGUCCACAUCACAAGCCCCAUCAUUUGCCUCCUUGUGGACAGUCGUAGUAGAGACCAAGGACUAAAUGAGCCCAGGAGACUGAAGUCUUUUUUAACCCCUAUAUACAGCCCAUCCAGAUGUGAGAACUAGCAAUGCUCGUGCUCCGCGUCUAUGGAUUCACAGAGGAGUUGAGGCAGCAGAGUUUUCAUUCCAGCACUUCACACUAGCCCAAAAAUUCACUUUAAAAAGCAAACCAUGAAGUAUUUUAACCCCUCAGAUAGGCUCUAAAGGAAAAGGGGCCUCUGUCCUGACCUUACCCAAUUUCUCCAACUUCAAAGAAAGUAAAAGGAGACCUCUUGCCUUAACUGCAAUUAGCUGAGUAUGAUACUUUGGAUAUGGAUUUUCAGAAUUGUGGUACUAACAGGCUCUAUGUGUUAAAUAACCUUCACACACAUUAGGCAAAGCUCAUGGGUGAGGCAUUCAGACACCGAUGCUGGAGAAAAAAAAACCAUGCAUGUACCCAGUGCAUGUGCAGAGCCCACAUUUGCACACACAGAUCAUGUAAUUGUGCAUGUUAGUGCCCUUUUGCGCACACACUCGCUCAAUGUGAAGACAUCAAUGUGAGCUUUGCAUGUAGCAGCUGUAUGUACAGUAUUCGCAUGCACAACUAGGGCCGCUAUUUCUGAAAGCUUGAGCCUCAAAGUCAAAUCUGGGAGGGACACUAGGUUCAUUUCCAGCGCUUCAUAUGUGCAAAAACUCUUCCCCCACCUGGUGCUGGGAAGCAAUUAAGUUUGAGCCUAGUAACUUUAUCCAAACUGGUAUGCCCAAAAACAUGACAUGCCACAAAGCUCUAAUUUCUUGUAAGCUGCUCAGUGAAUUAGGACAUAACAUGCUUUGCUGCUCUUUGCUGAAACUAAAAAGCAAACAGUGGGUCCCUCCUGUAACCCUUUCUUAUGUGAAUGGUUUAUAUGCACAUGAGCCAUCUGCAGUAGAUUUACAUGGGACUAUUUUUGCAAGAACUGUUUGUGUAAGGGUUGUAGGAUCAGCCCACAUCAGCGAGGCUGGAAGUUAAUAGCCUAUUACCAAUUUCCACCAUCAAUGGGAAGAAAAACAAUAAUGUGUUGUUAGACUAAAAGUGUCUUAACCAGUCACAAUUCAAGUGUUUUAUGAAACAAGUGUGGCAGGAAACUGGCUGUAUGUUAAAGAAGUCUGAAAUGUUUACAUUCACUCUCAGCACUUGUUACUAAAAUGUUAAGGGGGGGGGGAGCUUUUAUUAGCUGCAACAAUAUUUCUAUGUCAACCAUAAAACAUGCUCUUAACAAAAAAAAAUU